AAGAAACCAAGGUCCAGAACGCCUGAGCAAGUGGCUUUUGACUCUAAUCAAGGAUGCUUGCGGGACCCAAGGCAGAAGCCUCACCCCACUCGAUGCUUGCCGAAGCGAGCAAAGUACUCUCAACUGCCCCAUUGCAUCGUCGCAGCUUUGUCGUUCUGGCUCUGCUCGUGUACCUGACCAUUACAUUUGCGCAGCUCGUGAGCGAAUGCUUUCGACGCAUGGGCUCGCUCUUGUCCUUUGCGCAGCCAAAAGAGCUCGCGAUCCUCUCGAUCGUGCUGCAAUCGCUCUCAUCGCUCAACGUCUCGAGCGCCAACCUCAACGGCAACACACUAACGCCCGAUGGGUCGCUCAACGUGAACUUUGGUUUGACUCUUGGACCUGACGUCGGUGGCGAGAUCGGAUUCUUUCCUCUCUAUAUUGAAGCGCUCGGUCAGAAUGCUUACUCUGUUUUCUGGGGGACGACAGCAACACUCUGGAGCAGGCUUCCUGAUGUUGCCUCUGCACUCGGCGGCGUCAAUUUUGGCGGCGACUGGUGGGAUGUACAGGCGGCUACGGUUGCUAGCACGUCGUACAUAUCGUUCACGGGAGUUCCGGCCAACAUGACGCUUCUCACAGCAUCGUACAGCGACCUCGUUGCACUGCUACGUUUGAAUGCAUCGGGCCUCCUCUCGGAAGACAACGUUCGCGCGCUCCUCCCAAAAUCUGCCGUCCCAAAGGUGGCUGAAGCGGGUAAAAUCGUAUUCAAGUCGUACUCGACCGAUCCCCAGCUCCUCACAUACUUCAAUUUGGUGUUUCCGGACGCGUCCUGGUUGUCUGGUCUCGGCGCGAGUGACAUUGCAGUGUCAUCUUCCCAAACAAAAUGCCAGCUACGCCAGUUUCCGUCGCUCAAAAAGCUGCGCAGCCCAGCUGCGUUCAACCGAUUUGCAGACCAAGGUUGCUGGGUAAACGCUUCGAUUCUGCCAAGCGCGCCGUACGCCUCUUACGUCGUAAAUGCAACCGACAUGGGAGAAUGGGUCGUUGAGUGCGUAACUCCGGAAGUGACUGCAAUGUGCUCCAAUAUGCGCUGGCACGCCCGAAUGUACGACCGCGUGGCCUCGACAAUGUACUUCACUAAAAUCGCGCUCUCGGGUCCGAGGCAUCUCGUGAUAUCACAGAGUCUCUUGCUACGCCUUGUCGCUGGUAACACCUCAGAGUCAUCGAUUGGUGUUCUCUCAGCGAACGUGUUGAGCAGUCCACUCGUCGGAGACGGCACAUACUCACCAGGGCCUCUCGCCGUGUAUCUUGUUGAUACUGACACUCUAAAGACGAGCGUGCGUUGGCCGUAUCUCGCCCUAUGGGUACUGUGCCUCCUAGUGUGCCGCUCAACAUAUACAGGAAUCUGCACACUCUUGCAUUUUCUGCUCGAGUCGCCACUUGCCAUUUUUCUUGAUUGUAUCUACGCGCUUGCUCUCUUUUGCAACGGGCCGCGCUUAGUCUCAAUGCUGCUGACGCUGCAAGGUCUUUCGGUGCAAAGCUAUCUCCGAGCGUGGAUACUCGCUCUCAUGACGAUGCGACCGUUUACGACAUUGUAUUUGAUUGCUGCUAAGCAAAUCGCGCUUCUCUUGAUCGAUCGACAGCUCGUGCUCCAGCACAUGACCAUCGUCGAGUGCUCAGUUCUGAUGCUGCUCGGCGUUAUUCUCAUCCAAUGUAGUGCGCCGUCCGUCGUUGACGUCGGCAUGCACGCUGGCACGACGCUCGAUCAAGUUAUUUCAUUCGUUUACACGACGCAAGUUGCGUUCUGCGGCAUCGCGAUCGCAUUUUUGCUUUUCUUGUGUCUCGCUGCGACAUUCCUGAUCCACAAAUCACGACGCAGUACUGUUGCGCCUGGUUCCACACAUCGGGCGCGGGACCUCACGUCGUACGAUAUCUACCUCGCUGACAAGUGGCUUUCAUUUGGCGUGACGUUGCUCCGACGCUGCAGUGUACGCAAGAUGCCGUGCGUCAUGAUUGAUGGGGCGUCGCUAUGGCUGGAGGCUUUUUGCAACUGGAAUGUGAACCUCUUGACAAACUACGCGCCGUGCUUAUCACUCGGAUGUGUCCUCUACAUGGACAGAACAGGACGCCUUUUCGUGUCCGACUGGCGCUACCACGUCGAGACGACACUUGUCGGGGACGUUCUGAUUGGCGGCACGGCCGACCACGUGCGCUCAGUACCCGUUGCACCCAACGUCCUUUUUCAGCGGUCGAGCGACCCUUCGCUGCAGAAAGCCUUUGAUAACGCCAAGCACCAUGGUAUCCCUCAUCGAGCGCAAGGUUAGUGCUUCCACCACCAAGUUAAACACGUUGAAGUAAAUUGUCAGCUG